UCGAAUUUAUUUAUUCAUGACAAAUAUCUUUCCUCAGUCUAUGCCAGCAAUGUACAGUAUAGUGGCAGGCAGAACACUUAAAUGAUCAUCCAUUACAAGGCAGAAGGUACACUAAAUGUGUUGCGAUGAUGAAUCCGAGAAAAUCAUGGCUUCCUGCGAGUGUAUCAACUUUAUGUUCAAUAAAACAGGCCCAGAUUUCGCACAGGGUAAGUCAAUUUGCAAGUAAAUUUGGACGAAAUCAUUCGUUCAAUAUUCAUACUUUUUGUGACAUUUUUGUGUGGUGGUGUGAUGUGGGAAAGUUUGGGAACAAUGCUAGUCGAGAAAGGGCGAGAAAAGUAAGUCAGGUACUGAAUUUUAUUUGGAGUCAGCGAUUGCAGUUUCCUCGGCGGCCAGCCGGUGUCAGUAGAGUGUUUUGGCACAACGCCAUCGAUGAAGACGCCUGCAUGGAGUCUCUUCAUUGCAUUUGAAAUUAUUAAAUGUUAACACCUCACGUGCAUGCUCCACACGCGUGACAAUUGGAACCCGGUAUCCUUAUGAAACAGCAGUCACGCUACACCCGAAAUUCGUUUGUAACGGACACGACUUGGGGCCUUCUGUGCAAAGAGGAGGAGCCAAAUAAACAACCCCACUUCCGCACAUCUGGUGCCCACUUUCUGACCCCCAUUCCAACAAUUCUGCUUGAUUUAGCUCUCACUCGUCUGACCCAGGAGGUCACACAGUAUCACCCAGAAAGUGAAAAGUAUCAAAUACUCGGAGAGAUUGCCUCUGCUCCACGUUUCGUCUAAUUUAAUGUUUUAAUGUUGAUAAUAUGGUACAAAUGACUGUGAAAAGAGAGCGUGUCUAAUGUUAGGGGAUCAAAACAAUGAUUAAUAAUUAGGUUGCAAGUAGCAUGUCCGUGUUCGUGGAAAGCUAUUUCAGCGUUGGCCAGUUAAACAAGGCAAAGAACAAAACGACGAAAUACUGUAUACUUAAUUCUACCUCAGUUAAUUAACUACUUGACAUUUUUUUCGGUCACAUGUGGGCCCGAGAGCGAACAACUCUGCCUUGUAAAACGACUUUUUGGAGUGGGCAUCCGCCUCCCAUCUUCGCAGGUACCACUGCCAGUGAGCGAGCGGGGAGGGGCGGGCUGGUGUUCGAACUCCGAACCCUCCCACCGUGGGCUGAGCUGUGUUUCUCUGUGCUGCUGCACUCCGGGCUGGUUCCUAUUCAAAUGUGGGUCAGGGGUGAGGAAGCGUAACGUCAUAAGCUUGCAACAUGGCGUCCCGAAGGCUGUGAGAUGAGCAAGAGGAUGGUAAAGAACGCUUGAGAACCACCCUACCGAUGUUCAGGUGGCGUUGGUGUAGGAAGAGAGCGAGCGAGACGCAAGGAAAGAAGGAAGGUGGAAAUGGAACUGCCAAAUCAUGCCAAACAACUGCUGCUGCAACUCAACCAACAGAGAGCCAAGGGCUUCCUGUGUGACGUCAUCAUCGUGGUGGAGAAUGCCCUCUUCCGUGCCCACAAGAACAUCCUGGCGGCGAGCAGCAUCUAUUUCAAGUCUUUGGUCCUCCACGAUAACCUCAUUAAUCUUGACACGGAGAUGGUCAACCCCUCCGUGUUCAGGCAAGUGUUGGACUUCAUCUAUACCGGGAAGCUGCUCUCCUCAUCGGACCAGGGCAGCGAGCAGAAUUUCAGUGCCCUCUUAACCGCAGCCAGCUACCUCCAGCUCCACGACCUCGCUGCCCUGUGCAGAAAGAAGCUCAAGCGCAGUGGCGGGAAACCCCUGCCCGGUAAACCUUCC